AUGUGCGCCGGCGCUUGCAACCUCUGCCUGGCGCCGUUUGACGAUAGCGCGCCGCUCGCGGACCAACUACACCGACGCACUGCCUACGACAUGUCGCCUCGCAUCUCUAGAUACAAUAUGGAGAAUUUAAACAAGUCGCAUAUUUGGCUGGCGACUGCAGCGCUCUUAGCAACCUGUGGGAUAUGCACUAGCGCCGGCGUUGGCAGUAGAAAGCCAUUCACUCCUACCGACUCAGUCAUGGACAUCAUUAAUAUCAAACAAGUGCAGUCUUUCCUAGCGGAAAGACGACGAGCGGAACAGGCUACGGCGUCAUCAUCGACAUCUUUUGUACAAAGAAAUGAGCUGGGCGAUGGUAGUUCUGAGACGGGAAUGAUUGUAUCGGUACCAGAACAGGAAGAUCCGACGGAAUUGCCUCCCGGUGUGGAGUUCAGAAAUAUUUUGAAGUCUUCGAAGAAUGCUCUAGUAGUGACUAAGAAGGAUUAUCUCAAGGAAGACUGGUGUAAGACCGAGCCCUUAGUUCAGAAAAUACGAGAGCCGGGCUGUCUGCCCACAACAGUGAUAAAUAAGUUUUGUUACGGACAGUGUAACUCGUUUUACAUACCGAAGGGCCCGCGGCGGCGUGACAACCCAGACCGACCGCAACCCGCUUUCAAGUCCUGCUCGUUUUGUAGGCCAAAAAAGUUCACCUGGGUGACAGUAACACUGCGUUGUCCUGGGCAGAACCCGCCGUUUAAACGCAAGCGGUUACAGAAGGUGAAACAGUGCAAGUGCUUACCGGUUGGAGUGAAUUGA